UGAACUGGGAAAAGACUCCGAGAUGACAACGCCAAAGUUUAAAGAAAACCAGGACAGCAUCGAAGGAAUCGUGAAUUAUGAAGAAAACGUACUUAGGAAGGACUCCGAGGUGACAAGGCCAACAUUUAUCGAAAGCCAGGACAGCGUCGAAGGAAUCGUGAAUUAUGAAGGUGGGACAUUGCGGCUUGCCGAGGACGUUCAACUUAUUUGCCCAAAUGGUGCCAUAAGCAAGUCGGACGAUCGCGUGGCCAUCAAAGUAGUUCUGGAGAAGCCUUCUACACACUGUGAUAUGAUAGUCAAAAAUGGACUUGAGAGUGAAGUCAUGUUCAUUGCACCCGUCAUCAAUUUGCAACCAAAUGGUCAAGUGUUUAAGAAACCGGUUACAUUGCAGACCAAGUUAACAACUGAAACGGAUGCUUUCCGACCAAGCGACGUUCUGGUUUUGCAUGGCACACAAGCUAGAGACGGAAAGAUCGUUUGGGAAGAUGUCACCCAUCGGGCCAAAAUUGAUCUACAAAAGAAAGAACUGAAAGUUGAAACAAACCGAUUCUCUCGAAUAGCAGCUCUGCUGAGGUUAACUUCGAUAUUAGCCAAAAAUGUUGUCACCAGGCUGAACCUUCGAGGAUUCCACUACACGUUGUCAGUGCUUUUUAAAGACAACCAUCCACAUUCACCCCUUGGUGAACUUGCCCUAGUCUUCAUGAGCCACGACGUCUACCACGAGACGUGUUACAGAGAACACCCUUCUUCUGUUUUGAUGUAG